CAGAAUCCUAGAGGGGAGGAAGCGCGGAGCGAGAGACGCGCCGGGCGAUGACGCACUUCUGGCGCGCCUCCUGCCCUAUGCCAGCAGUCCGCCGGCAGCCGCCGGCCGCGGGAGCCCCCGCCCUUCAUUGAGAGGGAGCUCAGGUGAUGGCAGCCAUGUGCCUGAAGGCCUGGCACCAGGAGGUGGUGACCUUCGAGGAUUGGCUAUCUACUUCACCCGGACAGAAUGGGCUGGUCUUUCUUCUGCACAAAGGGACCUGUACAGGGAAGUGAUGCUGACAAAUUAUGGGAACUUAACUUCCCUGGGAUACCCUGUUUGCAGACUUACCCUGAUGUCCCUUCUGGAGGAAGGGGAUUUGUCUUGGGGCCUGGAGACACAGGAUGAUCCACCUGCAGAGAGUACCAAUGAUGUCUGUCAAGAUGCUGAGACCAACACUGACAGUGAGUCCACAUCAACACAGGGAAUUUCUGAAGAAAGAAAUGUGAUGAUAUCACGUGGGCUGCUACAGAGUGUUUCUCGGGAAAGUGAAUUUCCAGGAACAUGUGAACUGGAGAAACACCAGGAAAUCUCCACAGCGAAAAAUAUUAAAAGAAAGGAUGAGAGAAUCUUCUGUGCAAGGAAACCCUUCAGAUGUGAGGAAUGUGGGAGAUGCUUCAGCUUUUUUUCUUACUAUGUUAGACACCAGAGAAUCCACACUAGGGAGAAACCCUACCCAUGUGAGAAGUGUGGGAAAUCCUUUAAUGGCAAUUCUUCAUUAAUUCGGCACCAGAGAAUCCACACUGGAGAGAAACCCUAUCAGUGUGAAGAAUGUGGGCAAGCCUUCAAGAAUAGUGCCAAUCUAAUCAGGCACCAGAGAAUCCACAGUGGGGACAGACCUUAUCUCUGCAAGGAGUGUGGAAAUGGCUUCCCCAGUAGUUCUGAGUUGGUUAUACAUCAGAGAAUCCACACUGGGGAGAAACCUUAUGAGGCCUCUAUCCUUCACUGAGAGGGAGCCCAGGUGAUGGCAGCCAUGCCCCUGAACGCCUUGCACCAGGAUAUCAAGUUCCCAGACCUGCCCUGAUCUCGCUUCUGGAGGCAGGGAAUUUGCCAUGGGGCCUGGAGGCACAGGAUAACCUAUCUGCAGAGAGGACCAAAGACAUCUGUGAAGCUCCAGGCCUUCUCUGAGAGGGAGAGCAGGUAAUGGCAGCCAUGCUCCUGACAGCCUGGCCCCAGGUGAGCUGUGGGUCCUUCAGCUCUUCUUCUGAGCAGUUUCACAUUGAAGAAGGGAAGCUGAAGUCGGUGACCUUCGAGGACGUGGCUGUGUACUUCACUCAGACGGAAUGGAAUGGCCUGUCCCCUGCACAGAGGGCCCUGUACAGGGAUGUGAUGCUGGAGAAUUAUGGAAAUGUGGCCUCCCUGGGAUUUUCGCUUCUCAAACCUGCUGUGAUAUUGCAACUAGAGGGAGCAGGUGAGCUGGGGGACCCAUCUCCACUGGUGGCUGGAACAGAAAUAGGCUCCCAGGGUGUCUGGACUGUAGAUAUUGAGAGCCAGACUGACAAUAACUUGACAAAGGAAAUAUAUAAAGAAAAACACAAUACAUCAUUUGAACUUCAGAGGGACUUUUCCCAGGAAACAGACUUUUCAGAAGCCUGUAUUCUAGAGAAACAGCAGGAAGUCCAUUUAGUAGGAAGCAUGAAGAAAGAAAACAGCAGCAUCAUUGAUGCAACGGUGAAAGACAACACCAGCCCCGUGGAGGAAUGUUUCUUUAGUCAGAGUCCAAACUUCUUUCAUUGUCACACCGUCACCACUGGACAGCAGCCCCUUGAACAUAUGGGAUUGGAGAAAGGCUUCAGCUUUGAUACAAAACUUAUUCAGCAUGAACUAAUUAAUUCUGGGGAAAGAACUUUUAAAUGUGAAGAAUUAGUGGAAACCUUCAGGUGUAACUCUCAGCAUCAAAACAGCUACACUGGGGGAAAGCCCUAUCAGUGUAAGGAGUGUGGCAAAGCCUUUAGCGUUAAUGCAAAAUUAAUUUGGCAUCAAAGGCUUCAUAGCGGGGAGAAGCCCUUCAAAUGUGUGGAGUGUGGGAAAAGCUUCAGUUACAGUUCCCAUUAUAUCACACAUCAGACCAUCCACAGCGGGGAGAAGCCCUAUCAGUGUAAGGUGUGUGGGAAAGCCUUCAGCGUUAAUGGGAGUCUGAACAGGCAUCAGAGAAUCCAUACAGGGGAGAAGCCCUAUCAGUGCAAGGAGUGUGGAAACGGCUUCAGCUGCAGUUCCGCAUAUAUCACACAUCAGAGAGUCCACACUGGGGAGAAGCCUUAUGAGUGCACCGACUGUGGGAAAGCUUUCAAUGUUAAUGCCAAAUUAAUUCAACAUCAGAGAAUCCACACUGGAGAGAAACCUUAUGAAUGUAAUGCGUGUGGGAAAGGCUUCAGGUGCAGUUCCCAGCUUAGGCAGCAUCAGAGCAUCCACACUGGGGAGAAGCCUUAUCAGUGUAAGGAGUGUGGAAAAGCCUUCAGUAAUAAUGCAAAACUCAUUCAGCAUCAAAGAAUCCACACAGGUGAGAAACCCUAUGAGUGUACUGAAUGUGGAAAAGCCUUUAGUGUCAAAGGGAAGUUAAUCCAGCACCAGAGAAUCCACACGGGUGAGAAACCCUAUGGUUGUAACGAGUGUGGGAAAGCCUUCAGGUGUAACUCUCAGCUGCGGCAGCAUCUGAGAAUCCACACCGGGGAGAAGCCUUAUGAGUGUAAUGAGUGUGGAAAGGCCUUCAACGUUAAUGCAAAACUAAUGCAACAUCAGAGGAUUCACACUGGGGAGAAACCCUUUGAAUGUAAUGAGUGUGGGAAAUGCUUUACUUCUAAAAGAAACCUACUUGAUCAUCAUCGAAUCCAUACUGGAGAAAAGCCUUAUCAAUGUAAGGAAUGUGGGAAAGCCUUCACUAUCAAUGCCAAACUAACUAGGCAUCAGAGAAUACACACUGGGGAGAAACCUUUCAAAUGUAUGGAAUGUGAAAAAGCAUUUAGCUGUAGUUCUGACUAUAUUGUACAUCAGAGGAUCCAUACUGGAGAGAAACCCUUUCAAUGUAAGGAGUGUGGAAAAGCCUUCCAUGUUAAUGCCCAUUUAAUUCGGCAUCAGAGAAGCCACACUGGGGAGAAACCCUUUAGAUGUGUGGAGUGUGGAAAAGGGUUCAGCUAUAGUUCUGAUUGUAUAAUACAUCAGACUGUCCAUACUUGGAAGAAACCCUUCGUGUGUAAUGUGUGUGGGAAAGCCUUCAGGUUUAGUUUCCAACUUAGUCAGCAUCAAAGUGUCCAUGGUGAAGGCAAAUCUUAAUGAGGAGGAUGUGGCAGAAAACUCUCAAGGUUAAUGAAAUGGAUCAAGUAUCAUCAGAUUCACCCUGGUAGAAAACCCUGAGAGGGAAAUGAAUGUGGCAUCUUCACAUGGAAACAAACCUUUUCCAUCUUUUAAAAUCAAGAAUGAGGACUGGUUAAAAAGUAACAUCCAAAAAUGAAUAGCUUGUUCUAUACCAACAGCCAAUUAGAAAGUAUAAUGAAAGAAAGGAUCCCAUUCCCAACAGCAUCAAGAAAAGUGGAUUUUCUUGGGAUAAACUUAAUUAUUAUACACAGGUCUAUGGAGAAAUAAAUCUCCAGUAAGGGCCACAAAAGGAAAAAUUAAUGGGGGAGAGAGAGAAACCUUGUUCUUAGCCAGGAAAACUCAAGAUAUUCACUCUACCUAAAUUUACUUCCCUUUGACAACAAGCAUGUAUCACUUUUGUAAAGAGGAUGAACAAUAAAAAUUUCCUUAGAAAAGAUGA